AGAGCUCAGAUCGUGUUCCUGCUGCACAAGAGCGUCUGUACUUCUGCAUGUGAUGGUCAGCGGCUGAUUGUUUCCUCAAAGCUCUGCUAAUGGCUGCAUUGAUGUUUUAGCUGCAGUAUGGCAGAGGAGCGAGUAAAAGACUCUCUCUCAGAGAAACACAGUGUGAGAUCUGGAUCAUGUGUGUCCAGCUCUGUGUCUCUGAAGAGUGACUGGUCAAAAGAAGAUCCACCAAAAUUCAGCGAAAAAACACCAUCAUCUGCUCAAAGUGUGAGAUCAGGAUCAUGUGUGUCCAGCUCUGUGUCUCUGAAGAGUGACCGGUCUAAAGAACAUCCUCUACCAAACUUCAGAGAGAAAACACCAUCAUCUGCUCAAAGUGUUGAACAUGAGUUACCAGAUUCAGGACAGGAGACUCACAGGAACCACAAGAGUUUCACAGACAAUCUCCAGUCGAUCUUCCAGAAUCUUGAGAGCAAAAUGUUCAGAUUUCUGAAGAUAAAGCAAGAUCAAGCUGCUGAUACUCUCCAGGAUGAGCUGUUCUCCAUCAAUCAGUUUCAAUGUAGCCUGAAGAAGAAAUAUCAAAGUGUGUUUGAAGGAAUUGCUCAGCAAGGAGACUCCACACUUCUGAAUAACAUCUACACAGAUCUCUAUAUCACUCAGGGUGCGAGUGAACAGGUCAACAAUGAACAUGAGAUCAGACAGCUUGAAGCUGCUUCCAGACGUCAUCAGUCACUAGAGACACAGGUUGAAUGCAAACAUUUGUUUGAAGCAGCUGAACAAGAUGAGCAGAUCAGAACUGUCCUGACAAAAGGAGUUGCUGGCAUCGGGAAAUCAGUCUCUGUGCAAAAGUUUGUUCUGGAUUGGGCUGAAGGAAAAGAAAAUCAAGACAUCAGCUUCAUAUUUCCUCUUCCAUUCAGAGAGAUGAAUUUAAAGGAGAAAGAAAGACAAAGUUUAAAAGACCUCAUAACUCAGUUUUUCCCAGAGACUAAAGGACUGAACCUUACAAGAAGCACACGAUUCAAAGUCCUGUUCAUCCUUGAUGGAUUGGAUGAAUGUCGUCUUCCUCUGAACUUUGCUGGUAAUAAGACUUGUCGUGAUGUAUCUUCAGCAGUCUCUCUGGAUGUUCUCCUGACAAACCUCAUCAAGGGAAACCUGCUUCCUUCUGCUCUCAUCUGGAUCACCAGCAGACCAGCAGCUGCCAAUAAGAUUCCUGCUGACUGUAUCGACCGGCUGACAGAGAUACGAGGAUUCAAUGAUGCCCAAAAGGAGGAGUACUUCAGAAAGAGACUCACAGAUCAGAAUCAGGCCAGAGAAAUCAUUGAUCACAUUAAACAGUCAAAGAUUCUCUUUAUUAUGUGCCACAUCCCAGUUUUCUGCUGGAUUUCAGCCACUGUUCUCCAGAACAUACUGAAACUGAAACACAGGGCUCAUGCUGAAACACUGCAGGAAUCACCCAAGACUCUGACACAGAUGUACACACACUUUCUCCGCUUUCAGAUCCAGCAGAGCAGAAGAAAGUAUGAUGGAGAAAACACAGCUGAUGUCUCCUGGGAUCCAAAGCUCAUCCUUUCACUGGGGAAACUGGCCUUCCAGCAGCUAGAAAGAAACAAUGUGAUCUUCUAUGAGAGCGAUCUGAAAGACUGUGGCAUUGACGUCUAUAAGGCAUCGGUGUACUCAGGCAUGUGUACCCAGAUCUUUAAAAAGGAGACAGGAAUCAUUCUUGGUACCAUGUACUGCUUUCUUCACUUGAGCAUUCAGGAGUUCAUUGCAGCCCUUUAUCAACAUCUAAUUCUAGACAACAACAAGAAACAAGCUGAAAAAAGCAGAAAUGAGUCCAUGAUUAACUUGCUGAAGACUGCAGUGGACAAGGCUCUGGAAAAUGAGAAUGGACAUCUGGACCUUUACCUUCGCUUCCUUCUCGGUCUGUCACUCCAGUCCAAUCGACAACUCUUACGAGGCCUGUUGACACAGCAGGAUGACAGAGACGAGAGCAAAAAGAAAAUAAUUGCCUACAUCAAGCAGAAACUUGAAGGGAAUCUGUCUCCAGAGAGAUCCAUAAAUCUGUUCUACUGUCUGAAUGAACUGAAUGACCAAACUCUGCUGAAAGAGAUUCAGUCUCACCUCAGUAGAGGAAGUCUGUCAUCUGCUCGCCUUUCACCUGCCCAGUGGUCUGCUCUGGUCUUUAUGUUGUUGACCUCAGAGGAGGAGCUGGAGGAGUUUGAGCUUCGGAAAUUCCAGAGAUCAGACGAGUGUCUCAUCAGACUAUCAGCAGUCAUCAAAACCUCCAAAAAAGCUCUGCUACAGAGCUGUAAUGUCACUGUUCAGUCCUGUAAGAGUUUGUCUAAAGUUCUACAAUCAUCAAACUGUGUCCUGAGAGAGCUGGACCUGAGUAACAAUGACCUGCAGGAUUCAGGAGUGAAGCUUCUCUCUGAUGGACUGAAGAGUCAACACUGUAAACUGGAGACACUGAGAUUGGCCAUGUGUAAUCUCACUGUUCAGUGCUGUGAGAGUUUGUCUUUAGCUCUACAAUCCUCAAACUGUGUGCUGAGAGAGCUGGACCUGAGUAACAAUGACCUGCAGGAUUCAGGAGUGAAGCUUCUCUCUAAUAGACUGAAGAGUCAAUACUGUAAACUGGAGACACUGAGAUUGUCUGGCUGUAUGGUGACAGAGGAAGGCUGUGGUUUUCUGUCUUCAGCUCUGACUUCAAACCCCUCACACCUGAGAGAGCUGGAUCUGAGCUACAAUCAUCCAGGAGAUUCAGGAGUCAAGCUGCUCUCUGAAAAAUGGCAGUGUCCAAAUUACACACUGGACAAACUCAAUCUGGAUCAUGGAGGAGAGAAGAGAAUUACAGCAGGACUGCACAAAUAUGUCUGUUUCCUCACGCUGGAUCCAAACACAGCACACAUUCAACUCAUUCUGUCUGAGGAGAACAGAAAGGUGAAGCCUGUUAGAGAGGACAUGAUGAUGAUGAGGAAGGAUCAGCCAUAUCCUGAUCAUCCAGACAGAUUUGAUGGUCUUUAUCCUCAGGUGUUGUGCAGAGAGAGUGUGUGUGGAUGCUGUUACUGGGAGACUGACUGGAGUGGAGAUGGUGGUGUGUGUAUAUCAGUGUCAUAUAAGAGCAUCAGGAGGAAGGGAGGUGUUGAGUGUGAGUUUGGACGUAAUGCUCAGUCCUGGAGUUUGCACUGCUCUUCCUCCAGAUUCAUAUUCAUUCACAAUAACACAGAGACUCGUCUCCCUGUAAAGCGGCUCAGCAAGAGAAUAGGAGUGUUUGUGGAUCACAGUGCAGGAACUCUGAUCUUCUACAACAUCUAUAGAGACACAAUGAGCCUCAUCCACUCAGUCCAGACCACAUUCACUGAGCCGCUCUGCCCUGGGUUUAGGGUUUAUUCUGGAUCAUCAGUGAAACUGAGCUGAAGACUGACGAGAGAUUUACCCAGAAUCCUCUGCAGGUGUGCGUGUGUGUGUGUGUGCAGUCUUCAUUUAAAAUGUUGUUUUUAUUAUAUUGCCCGGCAAUUACUUUUAAUAUUGCACAAAAAAGCUAAAUUUAUAAAGUGUCUUUCAGAAUCAGUUUUAUUGCCAAGUGUGCUUCACAUGCACAAGGAAUUUGUUUUGGCUAAAGAAGCAUCCAGUGUGCAUAAAGUGACAAAACAAAAUAAAUAUGAGAAAGAAAAAAAAAAGAAAAAACAGAUGAUAAACCUUAAACAGAGAUGAAGUUUGUCCCGAAAUCUGGAAGUUGAGUUGUAUGUACAGAUUUGUUAUAAAUAUACAGGUUAUACGGUGAUGUGUACAAAUGCGAAUGGAUAAAGUAUUGCAGUGCAUAUUGAUAUAAGGUGCUGUGUACAAGUACGUAUGGGAAAGUAUUGCACAUAUUGAUUGCAAAGUAGAGUAACAAUUAACUGUUCAUGAGGUAGAUGACCUGAGGAAAGAAACUUUUCCUGUGUCUGGCUGUUUUUGUGCUUGGUGCUUUGAAGCGCCGACCAGAC